GCCAUGAGGGCAUCCUCUUCUCUUGCCUUACUAAUCCUGCUGCUGCUGGUAGCCACUGGUGGUGGCCAAGAGGUCCAUGGGCCUUUCUGGGUUCGAGUCUUGCCACGAGAGGUGAGCAUACCUCUUGGCAGCUCUGUUUGGAUCAACUGCAGCACAAGCUGUAUCCAGCCUGAAGCCUGGUUGAUCACUUCACUGACUCAGGGCAAAAAAGUGACAGGACCAGGAUGGGCUGCUUUCCAGGUACUGGAUGUGAGGGCCUGGGAUUCAGCAGCCCGAUGCUUCUUUACCUGUGCUGGAGAAACCCAGGAGGCCACUGCCACAAUCAAGGCCUACAGCCCCCCACAGACUGUGGUCUUGGAACAGCCACCCCUCAUAGAUGUGGGCACUGAAUACAAGUUUCACUGUCACGCGUCCUUUGUCUUCCCUCUGGAGAAGCUAACUAUGAUGCUGAGCCUCGAAGGCAGAGACCUGUGUUCUGUUAGCUUAGCUAGGUCAGGCUACCUCCUUGAGUCAGCCAAUGUGACCUGGACCUCCAAGCUCCAGCCACGCCUCCAAGACAUGGGGCAGCUCCUGUCCUGCCGCGCAGUGCUUAACCUUGAUGGCUUCCUGGUCAUUCGAAGCUCCAAACCAGUGAGGCUACACUUCCGAGAGAACCCGAUGUCUCAGGUGGUAGCCUGGGUUGCUUUAGCAGCCCUGGCUGGGCUCCUGCUCCUUAUUUUAGGUGUGUUCCUCUUGCAGUCUAGGGGGCAGCUGCAGUCAGAAGCCUUGUCCCCCUCUGGUGGAACUUCGGAAGAGAAGGUGUGAGGGACAUUAGUGUGUCCGACAGCAAGAAGUGGCUGGACCAACCAAGGCAGGAAGCCAAGCCCCUCAUAGUGCCUUCGACCCUACUGGCCUCCUAACAAGCUGAGAAGGAUGCCCCUCCUUCCACCCUCCUCCCCUCCCCUCAAGCUAGCAACCAGUACUAGCUUAAGUUUAGGGAAACAGAGCGACUCUUCAGGGCUCCAAACUCCAGCCUAGGAACAGUCCUGGGCUCCACGCUUUGGGGCACUUCAAGCAGCAAGGAAUUCGGCUGACAAACCUGGCAGAGAGGAAAGACUACUAUCGGAGUCUGAGGACACGGGUCCAAAUCUACUUGCUAGCUGGGUGACCUUGGGAAAAUUACUGAGCCUUAGUUUUUCCUCCUAAAAAAUGAGAA